CGCGCCGCCGCCACCGCCGAGGGAAGCAGAGCCCGGCGCCGAGCUCUGCGCGCGCGCCUGCAGGGCGGACCUGGACGAGCGCGAGUCGUACUGCGAGAGCGAAUUCGCCGUGAACGGAAUCGUGCACGAUGUGGACGUGCUCGGCACGGGGAUCCGGCUGGUGACUCUGCUGGUGGACCAGGACGGGCUGUACAAGAUGAACCGCCUGUACAUCACUCCGGACGGGUUUUUCUUCAGGGUCCACGUAUUAGCCCUAGAUUCCUCCAGUUGCAAUAAGCCAUGUCCAGAAUUUAAACCUGGCAGCAGGUAUAUUGUGAUGGGCCACAUCUACCACAAGAGACGGCAGCUCCCUACAGCUCUGCUCCAGGUUCUCAGAGGGCGGCUGCGGCCAGGAGAUGGACUGCUCCGGAGCAGCAGCAGCUAUGUGAAAAGGUUUAACCGGAAAAGGGAUCGGCAAGUUCAAAGUGCAGUUCACACCCAGUGCAUUUGAAACCACCCAUCCCGGCAUUGAUGGAGGGCAAUGGAGACUUGAAAAAGACAUCAAAGGUCUAUCUUUAUGAAAUGGGGCCUUUCUUUACAGUUUGGGCCUACRGCUACUUUAUGAACUAUUUGUACAGUUCCAGCUCUAAUCUUCACAUUGUCACUUUGUUAUUUACAAAAUGCCUCUUAUGGUAUAUAUGGAGCUCAAGGGCAGUUAUUCAAAUGUAGUCCCAGACAGUGAUUCACCUAGCUCAGAUACCUGACCUGUCCAGUUAACAGAUCACUGCUUCAUGUUAGGUUUUUAAAUUAUUUUAAUUUAAUACAUUCUUCAGUAGAAAUAGUUCACAAAAAAAAACAUUUCUUAAAUUUAAAUAUACACUUUCAAUAGUUUAUAUCAUGUAUCAAACCAAAUUUUAUACUCAAAUCAUCACAUUUAUAACUGUACAUAACAGUAAGCACACGAGUCAAAAGACAUUUAUGUAUGAAAUGUCAUUUAGAUCAAACACUAGGUCAGCGCUCAGGACAUGUAUUAAAAUGUUACAUAUGCAGAGUACUAAAGGGCUUAAUUCAAGCAAAAUAGUAUUCAAAGCAAGUGUUCCUGAUGUACCAAAAUGUAAGAUAUAGUAUAUUUUCAUGCCUCACUGUUCCCAAUAACUUAUGUUGUGUGCUGAACUGGCAGCUAUUCCACUGCUAAAUGUAUUCUGGAUGUAUCUGAUGUCAUUUUUCUAUUAAGACCAAGUAUCAUGUUUGUGUUUGUAAAGCAGUAAAUCUUGCCUUGAAAUCAGAUCUUGGAUGCACCUGGGUUUUUUAGCCUGCAUAAGCCAAAAGGUUUGAGAAAAAGAUUUGUUUCAAACUUGGUCCCCAAACCCUGAAACCAAUUUCCAUCAAUGACAGCUCACAAGCAAGUGAAUUUUAAACAUUUUCUGGACGGUUUGAAAAAGGCUAAGUUUAAUAAUGAUAUUUAUAUUUGAGUCCAAUAGCAAUUUCUUUCGGAGGAUUGAGCUGUCCUUCAGUUAACUUGAAGCAUUGUGAACACAGACAACAAUAUGCAUGAAGUUUCCUGCCAAAAGAAAGAACUGCACUGCAGAGAAAGGCAGACUGUUUGGUCUCAAGGUGACUUGCUCAGGGAGCUCCCAAUGUUAAUGGCCCGAGAAGCACUAUAUAUCUGAAGGAUGUCCAAGAUGGGGCACUGGAGAAUUGACAAGGAAGCAAGUAGCAAUCACGUAAAACGAAAUAUCUCAUACUUCUGCCUCAAACAUGGCCUUAGAGGUGAAAAUAGAGGUUCUGAUAUUACUGAGGGACUUUUAGAUAAUUUCUCCAAAAUGAGUCUUGCCCAAAUGUAUUAAAAAAUUUACCAGAAUUUCUUGGGAAUAACUUCCUUAUUACAUAACUAUUGGCAUUAGAGUAAACAGCUAACGAAUUAAGUUUUAAGAUAAAAUUCACUCAGUCAUAAAAUACUGUCAGUCAAGUCAAAUUUUUAAUUGUCAGAAGACUAUUUAAGGAACAUGAUAGGAAGAUUCCAAUAUAGCCAGAUAGAUAAACUAUUAGUUAUCUAAUAGUGAGGCACUUCUAAAUACUUAGAAUAAUAUACCAAAUGGUCAGACUUAAGACAAAACUUA